AUGACUGACUGGGACGAUUCCAUCCAAUUUCUUCGUGGCAUGGGUGCAGCUGUUUUUUACGGCAUCUGUUCUGUGUCAAUGGCCUUCCUCAACAAAAUCCUGAUGGAUAUCUAUGGAUUUGAUUUCCCAAUCAGCAUCCUUGUCAUUCAGAUGGGAGCAACGAUUGUGAUCUUGUAUGCCCUGAGGUUCCUGCGAUUCAUCGAACUUCCUGGCUACACCUUGAAAGACGGAUACCUCUUUGCACUACCUGCAUUUUUCUACAGUGCCAAUUCUGUAUUGGCUCUUCUCUCUCUAAGUCAUAUGAAUGUUGCUAUGUAUGGCGUGGUCAAAAGGUGUGCUCCAAUGGUGACCCUUUUAUUGUCUGUACUGGUUCUCAAACAAGGCAUACCUUCAGCCCUAACACUUACCUCAAUCAUUCUUCUUACUAUUGGCUGUAUCAUUGCAGGUUAUGGUGACUUGCGGUUUAGCUUGCUCGGUUACCUGUGUGGUGGGUUGAGUAACGUGACUCAGGCCCUUUAUCUCCUGCUAGUUCAGCGUUAUACGGAAGGAGCUAUAAACACAAUACGAACGUUACAAUUAAACUGUGUCAAUUCUUUCCCUUUGUUACUUAUGGCUGCUGUCAUUAGUGGUGAGACAAAGCAAGCCGUUGCUUUCCCACAUUUCACCCAGAAAUCAUUUCUCCUUCUGUUCACUACGGUUGUUCUCUGCGGCAUUCUCCUCAACUAUUCUCUCUUUCUCUGUACGAGUCUCACGUCUGCACUGACCACCUGUGUUGUGGGUGAUUUCAUGGGUUUGAAAUCUCUCUCUCUCUCUCUCUCUCUCUUUCUUUUUUCAAAUAUAUCUGAUUUGGGUUGGGAAUCAUCUUAA